GUGGUAUCGGGAAAUCGGACUCGGCGCAAUCGCCUGGUGUUUUUUUUUUUCCAGUGCCGAAAACAAAAUCAAAAUUUUCAUAACAAUGUCGAAUUAGUAGAGACUCUUACAAAAUUUUGAAGCACAUGUACCCCGUUACACAGAAGCUAUCGCGAGAACCCAGCGUCAGAAGCAGCAGUAGCCGCAGAUCGCAGAUCGUUGCAUAAAUCCCGCAGUUCCCCCUCCGAGACAGCGAAGCCAAGAGGUGCUCCCCGCUCCCGGCGAACUUUGGAUGCGCCGCGAUGGGCUUGCUGGUGCAAGUGUUCAAGUGGGAUCAGCGAUGGCGUCUUCUGCAGCGGUGCGAUCUCGUGCUGAGGCGGACAAUCAAGAAGCAGGCGGUUCACCCAACCAAACUUGCCGAGGUGGGGCGACUUAUGGAGGCACGCGAUGACCGCUACGAAACUGGACAGCUCUUCCUGCACCGCAUCUUCGGCUACCGUGGAGUCAUCCUGUUCCCCUGGACGGCACGCGUCUACGAUCGAGACCUGCACAACCCGAGCAAGGUCAACGCCACGGCGACGACGCCAACUCCGUCGCAGCAGCAACGCACCAAAGAAGCCUCGAUUAGGGUUAAGGCCAGCACCUCAACUCCGCCGGAGGCCAACACGGCAGAUGCCACCACCUCAACCGCCUACCUGACUAAUGCGCCCGGCGUGACGGAGACCACCGGCAAUGUAGAAGCCGCGACACAGGUGGACCCGAAGGAGGUUAAGGGCAAAGUGCAAACCUUUUACCAGGUGCUCAUCGACACCCGCGACUGUCCGCACAUUCGUGCACAGACCGAGGCGGUUACCUUUUUGGGCAACCAGGACUCCAACCGGAGCCUGUACGCCAUACCCGGGCUUGACUAUGUGUCCCACGAGGACAUUAUGCCCUACAGCUCCAGCGAGAAGAGUCCGCUGCAGCACGAGCUAUUCGACAAGUUCCUCACGCACGCACCGGACGCCGAUCCACCGUUCGUGGGUCAAGACACGCUGAAGGCGUGGCAGGAGAAGAACCACCCAUGGCUGGACAUGAGCGACGUACACAAGGAAACCACGGAGAACGUGCGGAUUACAGUAAUCCCCUUUUAUAUGGGUUGCCGUGAGACGCCAGCUAGUUCGGUAUACUGGUGGCGGUAUUGCAUCCGAUUGGAAAACCUCGGCAAGGCAAGCGUCCAGCUGCGCGAGAGGCAUUGGCGUAUCUUUUCGCUAUCUGGCACUUUGGAGACGGUACGCGGCAGGGGAGUGGUGGGCCAGGAGCCCAUCCUCAGCCCACGACUGCCCGCCUUCCAGUACAGCAGUCACGUGAGUCUGCAGGCGCCCAGCGGCCAUAUGUGGGGCACCUUCCGACUAGAGCGCGAGGAUGGCUACUCCUUCGAUUGUAAGAUUCCGCCCUUUUCGUUGGAAAGCAAGCCUGAUGAUUUGGGGCCGUCCACAUCGGUCACGCCCACCACCCACGGCCAUGACGCGGGCGAUGGCAAGCGCGACGAUCGCGACUAGGAGGCAAUUUGUUGAUCCGUAGUUAAAUGAUUUUAAAACGCAAUCUUCUCUGACAAUGCAUGCGUACAUGUGUUUAGUGCAAAUUACAAAAAUCAACAAGGA